GCCACCCCGCGUGAGUCGCUGUGCCCAGAGUUGAGUCGUCGGGUGUGCGCGCGCGAGUUACGGCGGACGCGCAAUUGGCGAAAGAAUAUUUAUAUCGCACCAGCGCGCCUUCAUCUUUUGUCGGAAAAGUCUGGCAUUUCGUGCGAUUGUUUGCGGAGAAAACGUUUUUUGUGAAACGGACGCGGUUAAAGUUCGGGCUUCGGGAGAUAGUUUUCGUCGUGGAGGAAUUCAUGUAGCUUAUCUGGGUUCUGCUGGUCCCGACUUUGGCGAAAGAGCAAACGGCCAGAUCACGAAGUAUAAAUAAAGUUCGUGACGUGCGGAUUUGUGUUGUGCGGUUGUGUCGAAUUGUGUGCUUGGGAAAAGAGGAAAAAUUUCACUUGGGAUUUAGGGGAAUAGUUGAGCGAUGGAGGCCGACGAGGUUCCGCAUCGAGUGUUACCUCGAGGUGACUUUACCCGGCUCAGCACGAUCCGGGAACGCAGCAGUCGCAGCAGCAGUGAUGACUCAGAUUUUCGCGAUCUACCGCUGCCUCCGGUACCUCCCCGGAAUCGUGGGACCUCCCAGCAUGAACAAGAAGAUCCCAAAACCGCGUCGACAGAGUUUCUCUACUCGCGUAUGGAGGACUUUGACGAUGAACCUGCCGCGGCUUCCCGGGAAGAUCUUCGCGCGAUCGACAGCGAUCGUAGCACGUCCAACACCCUGCAGAAGAGCUCGUGGAGCAGCAGCUGCUCGGUAGACGAGGGCAUCCUCUAUCUGGAUGCCGGUGACGAAGACGACGAUGACGAGGAGCGAUCUUCCGCGUACCGCGACAAAUCACCGAUCUUGCGAUCGCUCUCAACGUCACCGAGUCGUCUGCUGCAGACGCAGCAGCAGCAGCGGACUCAACGGCGUCGGAGAAGAACCCGCAGACGGCGAGCAGACGAAUCUUCCUGCCGUGACGAGGACUUUACUUGGGUCAACUCCUCCGCACGGGGUGAAGCACCCCGAGCCACCAUCGAUUCGGAUCGUCGCUCGACGUCCCACACGACCGUUGGAGGUCGUUCCAACCGGGAGGGUAGCUCGAAUGCUGCUGGACCAGCUCAACAACCUCCACAGCCAGGUGGCUGUCCGGGGAAACCUCCACGACCUUCGCAGACGGGAAGUUUGGACCGGAGGAGGCAUUUGGGGGCGACCCGGCAUGAACGGGACUCAAAGAGUCGGAGUACGCACUCGUUGAAGGAGAAGUCGUCGUCGUCGGAGUUCAAGCAGGACUCCCAGUCGAGCACGUUGAGCUUGAGCUCCAAGGGGAAGGGGUCUAGCAGGAGGGGUGGAACUCACGGGAAGUCGUCGGAUGAGCGAUUUUGGAACUACGAUGAGGUUCAACAAGAUUCGGGAAGUUGCAAUAACUACAAUAGCAGUGGCAGUAGCCAUCAGAACAAUGCCAAUGUCAACGCAAGGGGUCACAGCCCGGGGAUCUGGGAACCUCCGCCGCCGCCGCCAAUCUCCCACUGGGAUCCACACUACUACUGGAACUGGAACAACCAUCACAGCCGGGAGGAACUUCGACUCAUCGAUUAUCACCGACGGCAGCAGGAGCUGUACCGCUACGGUAGCAACGGAGCUCUGUCCAGCAACCAGGACCUGUCCGGAUGUUCCGGUGGAGGAGGUGGCGGUGGCGGCGGUUGCUGCAACCGUGGUUUCUACCAACCUCCACCUCCGCCGUGCUGCUCGUGCGAACAUAACCGACCUCCGUGGUCCAAAGAUUGUCAGCGCCAAGAUACGGACGAGCGGCUGCGGCGGCUCCAGUCGGACAAGGAAGCGAUGGCGCUGCAGGUCAAGCUGCUGACCGACCAGGUCCAGCAGCAGGGCACCAAAAUCAGCGACCUGGAGCGAACGCUCGCCGACAAGAACCAGCUGCUGGCGAACGCGGACGACCUUCUGCAGCGAGUAAGCCAAUUUGCCAAAACCGUUGGCAUCCUGAUUGACAAACAAAAAGAAAUGCUGUCCCGAUCCUCGCUGGAAACGCAAAAGCUGGAGCUGAUGUCCGCGAUGAGUGAGCUGAAGCUGCAGCAGGCCGCCCUGGAGCGGGAAAAUCUGGAACUGCGGUCCAGUCUGGUCAACGGAACGCCCCUCACCAACGGAACCCUAACGAACGGGGCGAUCAACGCGCUCAACAACAACACCAUCGUGACGGCCAGCAUGCUGCGGAGGGCGAUCCCCAUGGGCACCAGCGGGGCCCGGAUGGUGUCCUCGAACUCGUCGGGAAACACCUCGAUAAACACGUCCCCGCUGCACCACGGAAGCUACGGCAGUUUGCCCCAGUCGCAGCAGGCCACCUCACCUAGUCCCGUUACACCAAAAACCCCACCGGCGACCUACCGGCAGCGAGUGGACCUCCACUACAGCAGUCUUCCACGGCAGGCGUUCGCGACGACCCUGUCCACGACGAGCGGAUCCAGCGGCAGCGCCCAUUCCGGUCUGACCAACGGCAACGGAACGCCCUCCGUCGAUGCGAACGCCAACCCCAAACAGCGCAACGUAGCAUUCGCUAUCGAUCCACCCCCGAAGCAGAAGCAACCGUCGAUUCCCGUCGGAAUGUCCUCGUCGAUGAACGCCCUCACGCUGUCCUCGGCACUCUCCGGGUCGAACCUUAAAUCUUUGAAGCAAGCUUCUGCCUCAGCUCAGAACAUCUACUCGUGCGACGAGCGCCGCGAAGACGAAGACGAGCAGCAGCUGAUCGAUCUUGGCCAAGAUCAUCAGGAACGGGCCACAACGGAACCGCCCACGGGGACGACCUUAUCCGUUGCACAAUCCAACCAAGAGAACCUACUAGAAGCAGCCAGCACUCCGGUUCUAGCAGGUCGAGAUCGAUCCUCAACCUCCUCCACCGUUGAUCUUAAGACGCUCGAGAUGAUGCGCGGCGGCUUUUCCGUGCCAAAUCUAGCCAACACGGAAUCAGCAUCGAGCGAUCGCACCGACGGCCAGCUCAGUACGAGCAGCCAGCGCAGCUACACCCCCCAACCGUCGCCAUCGCCGUCGAUGAGCCACAAGAACCUCAAGGGUCUGCGGAACAUCUUCGGCAAGAUCAAGCGCAGCAACAGCGGAACGCUGGACGACCUGGACCCGCUGGACGGAGCGGGUAAUGGCGAGUUCAAACGGGGUGGCGUCCGGGCGACGGCAGGUCCGCGGCUGGGUUGGACCAACAGCGAGUUCCGCAAGCCGGACAAACCGUUCCGCGAGUGGAAUCUGGACACAUUGUGCCUGUGGUUCGAGCAGAUGGGGCUGGGGAUGUACGAGGAGGAGUUGCGCAAGUGGUUGAAGGUGGGAGGGGCGGCGGAACUGGCGGCGGCCUCGCCGGUGGACAUUGAGAAGGAGUUGAGUUUGCGGAACGCGCUGCACCGAAAGAAGAUCGUGCUGGCGGUGGCGGAUGUGGCGGAGAGCGAGGAGGACGAUGGGUUGUUGAAGUGUGCGGGGAAGUUGGAUACGGCGUGGAUCCUCCGCUGGCUUGAAGACAUCGGGCUGCCCCAGCACAAGGACAGCUUUACGGCGGCCCGCAUGGACGGUCGCAUGCUGCACAAACUAACCAUGGACGACCUGGCCCAUCUGCACGUCAGCUCGUGCCUUCACGUGGCCAGCAUCCGGCGGGGAAUUCAGCUGAUGCGCGAGCAAAAGUGGAACCCCAACUGUUUCAUUCAGCGAGCGCCGACCGACGGAACGCCCGGCGAAACCAAAGACAACGUCCGGCUGUGGAGUUGCUCCCGCGUCAUGGACUGGCUCCGGCUGCUGGACCUGUCGGAGUACGCUCCGAACCUGCGCGGAACGGGCGUCCACGGGGCGUUGAUGGUGUUUGAGGUUAAGUUCACCGCGGAGUUGUUGGCCGAACUGCUCAGUAUCCCACCGAGCAAAACGCUGCUGAGGCGACAUCUGGCGACGCACUUUAAGGAACUGCUCGGCCGGGAGAUCAUCCAGGUCAAGCGGGACGCCGAGAACACCCUAGGGUUCCAACCGCUGACGUUGGCCGCCAAAAUCAAGACGCCGAAAAAGUCGCAGUUUUCGCUGAAGCGCAAGAAGAGCUCCAAGGGCCUGACCGGGGACGAGUGGAGCGACUACGUGUGCCCGAUGGGCGACUCAGGUCAGGACCACCUUCCGCCGCACCUGCAAACGCAGCACAACUCAUCACAGUCACAGUCGUCUACUAGCAAUAAAUCCGCUGUCGUUAGUGCUACUACCAACAACACCGCCAGCAUCGCUGCUACCACUACCAAUGCUACCAAUGUUACUACUGCUAGAGACAACGGCGCACAACUUGUUGCUUCUUCUUGUACUUCUUCUUCUUCUUCCUCCUCCGCCGCAAACAACAACAACGCCCAACAACAUCCAUCCUUCGCUGCUAACCCUAACCAUGUCACUAGCAACAACGCUGCGCUGGCUGAUCGCGACAAACUCCUAGCGGGCUCUAACCACCGCCGUCGUGAUGACGAAGAGUCCGUACUCCACGUACCAUCCCGACAGCAGCAUCAGCAGCACCAGCAGCAGCAGCACGGCCAUGACUUCCGGGCCCGCGUCCGAGGCUGUCUCUCAUCAGCAACUGCUGAGUAACAACACCGGUUCGGACUCGCCCACGUCAACGCGCAGCUCGACCACGUCCACGUCCUAGCAGCGGUUAAUCUCGGCGACCGGCGGUGGCGGUGGAUCGUCCUCGUCCUCGCCGGUCCCGAGCAGCCUGAUGUCGUCGGGCAAGAAAGACAACACCGGGAUCGCCGGCGCGGCCAACUUUAUUGCGUCCUUCUCGCCGGUUAAGGACGU